AUGUCGUUGCAGGGACCACAUAUGCCAGACGUGGGUGAUCUCAUAAACUCUGAUAUUAUCGACAAGGACAUGGACAACAACCAGCAAACCCUGUCAGGCAACGCACACGGUGAUUCAAACCUACAAGAAGAUCUCUCAUCUCCAUCCUUUUCUCUGGGACUGACGCAGGAAGAAGAGCAGCGAGAGGAAGACCAAAUUCCAGAGCCUACCGUUAGAGAGGACACGGAAGUAGUCGACAAGCCACCGAGCAGUCCACCAGAUAUCCAAGCCAACGUCCCGGCGCCCACUAGGAAAAGCAAUCGCCUCAAGACAAUCUCAAAACUGAUUGUAGGUGUAUAUGAGUGCGACAAAGGCACACUAAAUCGUUUCAGCGAAGCAUACCCUGGCGCACUGAACAAUGAUGCGUCCAUAGACUAUCAUACCAAGUUCAGCAAGCUUUCUGAUAUCUUGAAGAAAACUAAGUCCAUUACAAUAGGUGGCAUAUCUGUAUCUGCGAAAGACCUUAUUGAAAUUGACCAGAGGACCAAAUCACUAUCGCCCAAGAUGUUUGAUGUAUUGAUGCACCACACCCGGAUAAUGAUGAUGCCUCAAUCAAACUCCAGUCAAAGUUAUUUGUUCCUCGACACCAAAUUUGUCUCUAUCCUCUCCAAGAACCACCCAAGGUUCAAGAAAUCUUCUCAGAAAGAGGAUUUUGUCUUCACUCCGAACCUUGUGGAAAUACUAGACCGAUCUGAAUCACAGACAGGAGAGGUAGAGCGCAUCUACUUCCCUUUCAACCUCGACCAGGCACAUUGGAUCGGCCUAUGCUUUGACCGCAACACCUGGAGGCUGCUUGUUCUCGAUUGCAACACAUCCUACAAAGUGAUUCUCUCAUGGCAAAUGAACUCGCACCAACAGCCCAGAUGCUCCCUUACCUAUUGAUGCAAGCUUGCCGCAAGCUGGAUCCCGAGAGCCUUAAUGCAUUGACCGUGGAGAGGGCCAAACAGAUCCCACAAAACCGUAAACACGCAGACUCUGGUGUCACAGCAGCACUGCUCAUGCAAGCUCACGCGGCCGGGGGCAUAGAGGCAUGCAGACACCUGUCUGCGGACGUGCUGAAACAAGAGGCAAAAAGGCUGGCUGUUAUGAUUUUCGAGGUAAACGCAGGUCCAAUCUGAGUAGCCGGCUACUGGCCCUCUUAUCCCAGUUUACUGUCUGUUUAAUUAUCGUUCCAUGUGAUAUAUUUCUGUUUUGAAACUCAGCUACCUUUUGUUCCAGUCAUCUCUUUUUUAUUUGCUGCCAAGCAAAUAGAGAUGCAUCUAUAUAACGACAUUCGGCAUUCCAAAUUGUUAUCUAUAAGUAAAAGAGUCGUAACAAAAGGUUAAUCUGAUAUUACCAACAUGUAGCAUUAGACCGGCUUUUGCAAAGCCGGUUUAGUUAGAGGCCAAUUUGAACGUCGGUUUUGGUUCGCACAUUCAUAUUUUGGUUAAAUGUCAGUUUUGAUAUAUAAUAGAUAAUCACGCCUCAGUCUUAUCGAACUUUAUCUAGCCGCCUCACGUUUCACAAACAAAUCUAUCAAGAUAUGAAAGCAUCAGGUUCCUCAUCAUCAACCCCUCGCGGGCGCAAUAGCCUAGAAUUCUGCUUCUGUUGCAUCCCAGCAUCCUUCACCAAGUCCUGGACAGACAAAAACCUAGGCAGG